CGUGGGGAAGAGUCGAGGAGGAGCGGGGGAAAGAGGGCGGGAAUGGGGAGAACCACGAGGUGGCUCCGUCGCCUUUUCGGCGGGAAGAAGGCGGAUCCCGGCGGAUACCCGGCGGAGGGCAGGCCGGCCAAGGACAAGAGGAGAUGGGGCUUCGUGAUGCCGUUCCGGGAGAAGGGGAGCAACCACCAGCACCGUCGGUGGCAGCACACGGCGGCGGCGGUCACGGAGGAGCGGAAGUACAGGGAGGCGGACGAGGAGGAGCAGAACAAGCGGGCGAUCGCCGUCGCGGCGGCCACCGCGGCGGUGGCGGAGGCUGCCGUGGCCGCCGCGCAGGCCGCGGCAGCGGUCGUCCGGCUGACCAGCAGCGGGAGGGCUACCGUGGGGUUCACCCCUGCUGCCCCCAGCAAGCGGGAGGAGAAGGCGGCGAUCAAGAUCCAGGCCGCUUUCCGGGGAUAUCUGGCGAGGAAGGCCUUGAAGGCACUGAAAGGGCUGGUGAAGCUGCAAGCACUGGUCAGAGGCAACAUCGUCAGGAAACAGGCCGCCGAGACGCUGCGAUGCAUGCAGGCGUUGGUGAGAGUCCAAGCUCGCGCCCGGGCGUGCCGCGUGCUCCGGUCGGAAAGGAGCAAGUUCGAGAAGGCCCCCGGCGAAGGCCAUGCUAGAACUGUUUGGAGGCCGGCGAGUGGUGAUCGGGACCGAGCAAACACUGCGGGAUGGAACUGGUUGGAUCAGUGGGUGGAGGAACGGUACUGGGAUGACCCAGAAUCCGCGAGGAAGACGGGGGCUGGUGCUUCGGUGGACGAUGAGAAGAAUGCUAAGAUCCUGGAAGUGGAUCCUGGGAAGCCACAGUACCAUCACAAGCGCCGGAACACGUACGUCCACUCCUCAUCCUCCACGCUAACCUCUGAUCAGAACAGCUAUAGCUUCGUAACCCUGCCCGGCUCGCCGUCGAUGGAAUCCACCGGGGCCCAGCGGUCGUUUCCUGGACAGCAGUCUAUGGUCCACCUGAUGCUUCCAUUCGAGGCCGGCGAGUACGGGGAGAGCCCGCAGUUCUGCUCUGCUUCGUCGCGACCUGGAAGCUCGAGGAAGGGGCCGUUCACGCCCUCGAAGAGCGAGUGCUCUCAGAGCCUGUGCUGUGGUUACUCGGACCACCCCAACUACAUGGCGAACACCGAGUCUUCGAAGGCGAAGGUGCGGUCUCACAGCGCGCCCAAGCAGAGGCCAGACCGGCACGAUCCUUGGGCGCCAUUGGCUCAGAGGUCCUCUUCUCUGCACGCCAACUUCUCGAUCAAGGCCUACCCGGGCUCCGGCCGGUUGGAUAGGUCAGGGAUGCCCGUUAGGAUCUGAUGAAAUCUACCUCAGAGAGCUCUGCUGAAAUCUAACAACGUCGACUCUCUGCUGUUCAUAUUCUAAGAUCAAAUUGGAUAAUCUGAUCUCCAAUGUAAGCUUUUGAUUGCUUCUGUCUUGCUGUAAUGUAGGAUUCAGCGAAGUGAAUCCAUAAUGUUUGGUGUUUAAUAUCUCUCUUUUAUAUCA